CGACUCCUCAACGCCGUGAGGGAGCAUCACAGCACAACAGCCACAGGGAAAUUAACGUCGUCAUACUCCAUUAAACGCAAACCCGUUAUUAAUAUAACUGUAGUUCUUUGCUUCCUCAUUUCUCUCCUCCUCUCGGGCGGCCUCCUUCAGAUCUCCUGAGAUUAUAGUAAGAUGGGGCUGUCAUUUACCAAGCUUUUCAGUCGUCUUUUUGCCAAGAAAGAGAUGCGAAUUCUGAUGGUGGGUCUUGAUGCGGCUGGUAAGACCACCAUUUUGUACAAGCUUAAGCUGGGUGAGAUUGUGACUACCAUUCCAACAAUUGGAUUCAAUGUGGAGACUGUUGAGUAUAAGAACAUUAGUUUUACUGUUUGGGAUGUUGGGGGCCAGGACAAGAUUCGUCCAUUGUGGAGACAUUACUUCCAGAACACACAAGGGCUUAUUUUUGUGGUUGAUAGCAAUGAUCGUGACCGUGUGGUUGAAGCUAGGGAUGAACUCCACCGCAUGCUGAAUGAGGAUGAGUUGAGGGAUGCUGUGCUGCUUGUUUUUGCUAACAAACAAGAUCUUCCAAAUGCUAUGAAUGCUGCUGAGAUCACUGAUAAGCUUGGUCUUCACUCCCUUCGCCAACGCCACUGGUACAUCCAGAGCACGUGUGCCACAUCUGGUGAAGGACUCUAUGAGGGUCUGGACUGGCUCUCCAACAACAUUGCUAACAAGGCUUGAGUGAUUUGGUAGAUUUACGGUUGAAGGUGAAGGUAUCGAUUUCAGCAGUAAUCUAUGUGAAUUUCACAAUGUUUUUGCUGUUCUUCGAUUUAUAUAUAUAUAUAUUUUUCCUUUGACAAGUGAUGUACUUGUUUGUGUUAGAGAUUUGUUACCAUAUAUAGAAACUUGCUCAUUGUUACUGUAGAGUUUAAAUAAACUGAUAUGAUUCAAAGUUGAGAUAUGAUUAUCUUUCGAUAUUUUAAA